GUUUUCAAUCUUCAUCUCAUUGGGUUUCUUGUACGAAUUAAGACAUUCUUAAGUGAGUUACUAAGCUUUGAUUCUGCCAUCUUCUGAAUGAGCCCAUCAAAGAAUUCUUUGUCUUCAUAGGUUGGAUGAUGGUGUUGUUAUAAAAUAUGAUGUCUUCAAUUGAAGGCUGAGCAUUUUCAAGAUAGUCAAACCCAUUGAUGGUUAUUGUGCAUUGUCGAAACACUACUCUUGGAGAACUUUUGCAUGCCAUGAGAAUUCUGCCAAAGUCUUUGUGUUAUAUCUUGAAAUGCUUAAUUUGAAUGAAAUCAGAAACAAGGGGUAUAAGCUUAAUGAUGUUUCUGGCAUAAAAGCUGAAAUGUACUGAAUUGAAUCGAGCAGUUCUUAUUGUUGUAUUCUUAAAUAUACAGAAAUAUAUAAUUCUAUUAAAUACCUCAACUUGAAGGUUUCUAAUCACUUCACCAAUAUCGGAGUUGAGGAAUUAGAAUGAAUGAUAAUUAAUUUUAUAUUACUUUAGGAUUUGUGAUGUGGAACAACAUAUCCAUUAUACAUGUACUGAAUUCAUGAUGUAUCCAUCGAAGUAGAAUGUCUUUAGUUCUCACACUCUUAUGUUCCUUAACACAUCGUUAAGUUUCUUGUCAUUUUUGAAUAUUUCAUGAAGUCCAAUAAACUCAAGCUUCCUUACCUUCGGAUCCAACUUA